GCUUUUCGCAAAAGGUGAGAGCAACUAGGAAGUAAACAAACCAUGGCGUGUUGACCCAGCGCUGUUAGAGUCCGACUGACAACUGUUUUAUUAAAUCAUUUAAGUUUCCCCACCAAUUUGGGGCUUAAUUCUAAUCAAAUAGGCUAUAAUGUACUGAGCUUUAUUGUUCAUUGUAUGAUGAAAGUUGGUUAACCAGGCUCUACAAAGUUCACAAGGAUGUCAGCACAACAGGCCGGGUUAAGGCUUCACCCUGGGAUUAUUGCAUCGGUGAUCUUCGUCUCUCUGGCAGCAGUCGUUGCUGCUGUAUUGAUCAUCCGAAAAUACUGCUUCCCAGUCAAUGAGGCGACAUACAGAUACUCGGUUCUGAGGCGGAUGGAGGAUCAGAGUUCAGCAGUGACAGAGGAGGAUGGCGACAGGGGGCCCUGCACAGUGGAAGAGGAGUCAGACGAGGAUCUUUUGGAAUAAAUCUCAGACCGGGAUGCUGCUGCGCAUGACUGAAAAAGAGCUUAUUGUGGAUGAAUUGUGUGGUUCAUUAUCGAGUAAUGUUUUCUGAUUAUUUGUGUGAUUUAUUUAUUAUUCAUUUGGUCCACACAUAGACUGUGUAUAUAUAUAUAUAUAUAUAUACAUACAUACAUACAUACAUACAUAUAUAUAUAUAUAUAUAUAUAUAUAUAUAUAUAUAUAUAUAUAUAUAUAUAUAUAUAUAUAUAUAUUUAUAUGUGUUUAUGGGUCCACACAACAUCAGAAAACGAAAACAGUAAAGAUUUCCUACAGCCCAUGGUGACGUCAUCAAAUGUAUUGUUUUGUUCAAACAACAGUCCAAACCCCAAAAAUAUUUAAUUUAAUAUAAUUUAAUAUAAGGAAAAUCAACAAUUGAUCACAUUUGAGAAGCUGGAACCCUCAAAUGUUUGAUUUUUUUGUUUGAACAAUAACCUAAACGAUUGAUCAAAAAUCAAAAUAGUUGCAGAUUAAGUUUCUGUUGAUUGACUAAUCGAUUAAUUGCUGAGUUACAGUUGUGUGUAUGUGUAUUCAUCAUCUGGCUUGAAUUCUUGUCAGAGUGUUAUUUCUUGAUGCCUAAUGUAAAGUAUUGAGCUUAAUCUGUAUUAUCAAUGACACUGAUGGGUUAACCAGAUCUUUUAAAGCAACACUUCACCAAUUUUAAACACCAAGGUACAAAGCCUGUGAAAACAGUUGUAUCAUUUCUUCUGUUGCUGUGGAGGAGCCUCUUAAGGCAAAAUAACCCUGAUGUAGCCGUGAUAUAAACCUUUUACAUUUUCAGUUGCAGUUACUCACCGAAAUCUCUCUAAACAGAGUAUUCUUGUCUUCUUACUGUCCAGCUGUCGAAAUCCAGAUGUGAGAACAGAGGAGGUGAUAAAAAUGUUUAUAUGUUGUGCUCACAGCAAGAAGCUUAAAGAGCAGGGGUAAGUAAUUAAGGACUUUCUUUGCCCUGGGUUUCACCUCUAAGGCUACAUACAAGCUACCUCUUGACCCCUCUGAUAGUUGGAGGUUGUACCUGCAGGCACUACUCAGGGCUGAAAAAAUACUGAGAACUCCUCUGAAUGUUUAAAUCCAUUUAAUAUGUGUUUUUCCACAGUCAGUAUUCUCCUAAAAAGAUGCUACAAUUGAAUAUGACAAGGACUUUCUUACUUUGUUUAUCAGACUACCAUUCAUUUGGAAAACAUGAUAUGACCCAUUUCACAUUUCAUAAUAAUUUGUUGUUUUCUAGAUUGAUGUAAAUAUUCAAAAUGCCGGGAAUAGCAUUCACAUACCUUUUACUUGAAGAAUCUCUUCAAGACUUUUUCUGCCUACCCCACUUCUGAAACCAAAACUACGCCCUUGAUCAAAUUAAUUCUGGCUAUGUGAAAAGGAGGCUAGAGCUGCUGAUCCCACUGAGAAUCAACACUCCACUGCUCAGAUGUUUCAUGUUUUCACUGGUCGUAUGAAAUGCUCUGUCAAUUAAUUUGAGGAUAAAAAUGUAUGAUUAAUUCUGGCAUGAUAAAAUGCCCAGAAUCUAGUUAAAUAACAAAUGAAUAUGUAAACAAUCUGCUAUUGGGGCAUUAACACACAAGAUUAAAUAAUGGAGAGAUCUGAAAAAAACCUGUGGAAACAAAUAAAGUAGUUGCCAUGUAAUAAUGUAACAGCAGAAAAAUAAUAAUUUGCAUAAAUGUGGUUAAACAUACUUCAAAUUUAAUCAAGAUGUAACAAAACAUUUUAUUGUAGCAUUACUGCAUUUAUUGGCAAUUAAGUGGCAAUUGUUGCAUUCAUUCAGUAUCUGUCUGAAUAUGUCAGAGAACGCACUAUCAGUAUCCAGCAGUCAUGAAAUAAGCAGUUGCUAUAAAGCAUCACAUGGAAAUUUGACAUUUCAGAUGAUUUCAAACACCCUAAUUGACUUGCAGCUAAAAAUAGUCACAAUAAGUGCAGCUAUAUACCAGUUGGCCAGUUCCCUUUGAAAUAUAGUUCCCUUUUCAUGCUAACAUUAACCCACUUAAAAUAAAUUUGCUGUAGAGUUCAGAGUCCACUGACUCUUUAAUGGACUUCUAGGCUGAGUGAUUGCAUGGUAUCUUUUGACAGCUACAUUUGCCACGAGUGAACAUUAUUAUGUGAACAUCAGUGUCAUAGGAUGCUUAAACUGAUUUAUCAUCAAUCAGAAAUCAUUUCACUGUGGUUUCUCUUCAUUUGUAUGAUCAACAAAUAUAGCAAUGGAAUCAAUCUGUUGUCACCAGUCAGCCUAUAUGAGUGUUAUGAGUUCAAGUAUUAUUGCAACAUCUAAUGAUUUACUGAUGAUGGUCUGAAUGAUGUUAAUAAUGACUACUGUGUAUCACUAUAUUCUGGUGUAUAUUUGAGAAAUAUGUAUGUUAGCUAUUAAAUAUAUUCAUCCUGUGGACUGUGAA